UCCUCUCUCCGAACUCUCAGUCGGCCAUAACCAGAGCUUUUGGAAGGGUAGGCGCGCCGCCGCACAUCGUUCCUCUCGCCUCGUGCCCCGUAAAGCUUCUUCGCCGGAGCGAAGAUGAAGGUGGUCGCCGCGUACUUGCUGGCCGUCUUGGGAGGCAACACCUGCCCAACGGCCGACGAUUUGAAGGACAUCCUCGGAUCAGUUGGAGCUGAGGCCGAUGAUGACAGGAUAGAGUUGCUCUUGUCCGAAGUCAAGGGAAAAGACAUCACUGAGCUGAUUGCUGCCGGAAGGGAAAAGUUGGCCUCCGUGCCCUCCGGUGGCGGUGGUGGUGCUGUGGCCGUGGCUGCAGCUCCAGCGGGCGGUGCUGGUGGUGGCGCUGCUCCGGCUGCCGAGGCCAAGAAGGAGGAGAAGGUCGAGGAGAAGGAAGAGUCCGACGAUGAUAUGGGCUUCAGUCUCUUCGACUAAGGCAACGGAUGCCGAUUUUUGCUUACAAAAGGAGUGUCGUGGAUAUAGUCGCAAUUGUGUGGUCUCUCCCAAGUCUCUAAUAGUUGGCAGUUGUUCUUGGUUUUGUUACCGUUGGGACUCCUUGAAGUAUUUUUUUCGCUUACCUAAUGAGAUGUUUUCGGAUGCGGGAUUAAUUUUUU